GUUCACUCUGCUCUGUCUCGGUCAAGGUCACAUUUAGAGGAGCUCUGCAAGCUUUGAACCUUGGGAGCGCACCGUUUCAUUAUAUACGAGGAAAAGUUUCAUGUAUGCCUAAUACCUAAAUAGAGCGUCAUUUGGGUGAGAAAGAGGAGCAGUGUCGUGAGAGCGCGUGAAGAGGGUCAUUCCAGCUCCGGGCUCAUUUUUACAGCGCAGCGUUGUGAGGAUUUUGAGAACGGCCUCAGUAGGUUAUUUGCGUUCAGUGGUUGCUUAGAGACCAGGCUGUAAACACCGUAGCUUGUGACCCAGUAAAACAAAUCCAAGAGGCAAGUCUCUCUAGGCCUGCUUGGUCAUUCCCUGUCACGAGAUGAACACAUCAAGCCGAGACCCCUUUCCAUUUCCUCAGCCAGAAAACGAUAACACCUUCAAGGGGACCAAGCCAUUACAGAGAGAGAUCUCUGAUAAACCAACUCAUCUGGCCCAGUACGAAGAGCCGUGGAGCCGCCUCUACGUCACUGCGACGUCAUCGAGCAGCAGCAGGACCGUGACACACCACGGCCGAAAGGUUCCCCACGACAGCCUCGACUUCCACCUGAAGUCCCUCUAUGACCACCACGAAGACUUCCUCCGCACCAGGAACCAGACCUUGUACCAGCCGGAGACCGUCUCAGGCGACAUUAGGAGGACACUAAAAGAACGUGAAAAGCAAGAAAUCCAGCAAAAGAAUCUUAAAAACAACAGCAUCAGGGUGUGGAUAACCCCCCAGAAGUGCUCCAUUUACAGCAUCAAAGGAACCAUAGAGUCCCACCAUAACGCAAACAGGGGGUACUCGAGGAAACACGACGGGGGCUUCUACUCCACCUGAAGGCCCCUCCCACGCUGUAAAACUACAACCAUGGGGAGGUGGAUAGUGGAGGAGGCAAAAUAAAUUCCUUCUCAAGAUGCCAUGUUUGUAACGCUCGUUAUUAACCUCAGACACCACUGGAACGAGGUGUUGUUUAGAAUGAAACCAAAAGACGAUUACUGUCCAUCAAAUGUACACAGAAUUGUAAACUCGUCAGUCAAUAAUAACAGAAAAGGCUUAAAUAAAUAACUUCUAAUAGGAACGUGGGUCCACUGCAUACAUUUUCAUGCAUACGUUUUCCUGGAAUACAAAGUUUCAAGUAUUUAUUCUGGUUUGGUGCGAUUCUUCCUCCGGGCGAUGCGUCUAAGGAAGGCCUUCUCGUCCCAAUCCCCCGGAGACAGCAUCUGAGGUCCGUUAUGGAUGCAGAGCACAGUCAUCUCCUCGGCAUACUGGAGGUCUUGGAGGAGCU